AGCUGAUGCAUGCAAAAAAGGUUUUGGCACAUAUGACAUCAUUAUUAAAUUCGUGUAGCUGUUACACGAAGCAUAUAUGCAAUGGUGGACGGACAUCAGGGCUGGUGUUUGUUGUGUUAGUAGAGACCAAACUUGCUGUUUAGCCACAAAAAAUAGAGAUAGCAAUGUUUGGAUUUUCUGUUAAAAAAGUUGGAAAAUGUUUUCAAAAAGCACCACCUUGUCUUCAUCAUGCUGCCAGAUUUCUUGCAAACACUGGUUCAUCUCCUAUCAAACAGUAUGCUUCUAUGCUGGAGAAAGGUAUCCUGAAACCUGAUAAACAUCAAUUCUUUGCAAUGUUGAAAUUACAAGAAGUUUUUAACAAUGUUAAAUAUUAUAAUAGCACCAAAAUUGAAGAUCCUGUUGACGAUGGCAAAUGCCCCAAAGGACUUUAUCUGUAUGGUGGUGUUGGGACUGGAAAGACCCUUCUAUUGGAUUUGUUUUAUGAUAGUAUGCCAACUAAAUAUAAAAAACGGGUUCACUUUAAUUCAUUUAUGUUGUAUCUUUAUUCUGAGAUAAACCGCUGGAAUUUAUGUUGUGACGAUGCUACUCUUGUCAAUCCCACAGAACAUAUAGCCAACACAAUAAUGGAGGAUGCGUGGCUGAUAUGUUUUGAUGAAAUCCAGUUAGCAGAUUAUGUCUCGUGUACACUUCUUAAGGGUGUCUUUAGUCAUAUGAUUGCUAAUGGUGCAGUCAUUGUUGGUACAUCUAACAGAGCUCCUUUGGAAUUAGGCGAUUCCUCAAUUACAGAUAAUUUUGAUGGUGAAACUUCAAGUGUUGUGACUUCACUUUCAUCUUUUAAACAAAUGUUUACAGAAAACUGUCUUAUUCAUUUCUUGGAUUCUGAUCGAGAUCAUCGUAUUGAAAUGAAAGGCGGAGAGACACGUUUUCUCUAUCCGAUUUCUGCUACAAAUGAAGAAAAAAUGGAUCAAUUAUUCACAGGUUUAAUCGAGCCUGGUCAAAAAAUAUCUGACUCAUUUGUCAAUGUUUAUGGACGGAAUGUUUUUGUACCUAUGGCUGUUGGCAAAGUAUCAAGGUUUACCUUUCGAGAACUAUGUCAGCAACCCCUAGGUCCUGCUGAUUAUUUGGCUAUUUGCAAUAAUUUUGAAUUUAUUUUUGUUGACAAUAUACCGAAAAUGAAAAUUGACCAAAAAAACGAAGCUCGAAGAUUCUUAAGUUUUAUUGAUGCCGCAUAUGAAUCGCGUGUAAAAUUAUACUGUAUUGCUGAUGCAUCUCCAGAAGAUUUAUUUGUAAUGUUACCCAGAGAUGAUGGAGAUUACGACAUGGAGCAAAUGCAUUUUGAAAUGAUUGGUGAGAUAGCAUACGACUUAAAAAUGCAUGGCAUGGAUUUUCGUUCUUUGAAUAUCAUAUCUGGUGAAGAUGAAAUUUUUUCAUUUAAACGAGCAAUUAGUAGAUUACAUGAAAUGCAGAGUUUGUUCUAUCAACAAACCAAGUAUCGUCCACAUCGAUUUAUUCCUUAUAUAGGAACGAAAGAGGAGAGAGAUAUGGCAGAGGAAAAGCGAAGAGACAGAGAACAUAAAAGACAACAGAUCCUUUUGGAAGAAGCAGAGAAACAAAAUGUGGAUAAUCAAGAGUUGCAUUUAUCAUUUAAGAAAAAUAAUUUGCAGCGGGAGUACACUGAUACCGACUGGGGAGACGAGGCAAGCUACCUUACCAUGAGCAAAGAAGUGUACAAAAAUUUUGAUAAAAAAGACAUUAAUAGCCGACAAAAAGAUGCCCCAAAAUUUGGCGAAAAACACUUUUGGGGUUUUGGUUGGUGGGAGCAUAUAAAGAAUAAAGUUAAGCCACCGAAGAACUCAUAGUUGACAAAAAAGCUUGGUGUAAUUAAUUAAAUUGUUAAAUAUCACCACAUUUUAAAUUUGACUGAUGCAAUCCUUUUUGUGUGUAUAAUUUAUUUUUCUUUUCUUAGAGCAAAAUUUUUGA